AUGUUCUCUUCGACCUCUGCCGCCAUCUCCAUUCCCUUUGGCAUCGUCAUCGGUCUCGUUGCGUCCUUCGUUCAAUCCCUUGGCCUCACCAUCCAGAGAAAGAGUCACGUUAUAAACCAGCUUCUCCCAGAACACCGUCAAGUGGUCGAGCAUCGUAGGCCAUUAUGGCUGCUUGGCUUUACCAUCUUCAUCUCUUCUAAUAUAUUUGGUUCUCUCGCUCAAAUAGCGUCCCUUCCCGUCGUCAUUUUAGCUCCCCUUGGCGCCCUUUCUUUAUUAUGGAACGCCUUUUUCGCUCGUCUGCUCCUUGGUGACGUUUUUUCACCUUGGAUGAUCCUUGGAACUAUUCUUAUUGCUGGCGGUGCUGUCCUCAUCGCCAUAUUCGGCAUCGUUCCUGAGCCGACAAGGUCCAUCGAAGAUCUGCUGGAGCUGUUCAGACGACCCGCCUUUGUUGCAUAUUUCUCCACCCUGGGAACCAUCGUCUUCUUAUGUCUUACAUUUACACACAUAAUCGACUUCUCUCUCUCACGUCAAAUCGCAAAGACUGGCCCAUGCGCAUUGCCACCAACAUCAAAUCCUGACGAUAUCAACCUUCUUUUACCACCAAGUAGCAUUCCUUCAGUCAUUUUGGAUUCAACAAACUCUACGAUACCAUCUGAACAGACACCACUAUUGGAUCGGAAAGCCGGUACCACUUCCCCCUCUUCGUUCAAGAAAGUUCACAAUGACCACGUCUUUCGUUCAAUACAUCGAACCCGCAUGCUCUUAGCCAUUUCGUAUGCAUCUUUUUCUGGUAUCCUUUCUGGGAUGUGUUUGCUAUUCGCGAAGAGUGGAGUGGAACUUCUGUUGUUGACUCUGAGCGGUCACAACCAGUUCUGGCGAUGGGAAGCAUGGGUUCUCGUCCUUGGACUUGUGAUCUUUGCUUUACUACAAUUGUGGUAUUUGCACAAAGGUUUAACAUUAGCUGAUCCGACGCUGGUUUGUCCUUCUGCAUUCUGUUUCUAUAACCUUUCCUCGAUUGUCAACGGGUUGGUCUAUUUUGAUCAAUUUUCUCUCAUUCCGCCUUUGCAUCUGGGUCUGGUCAUGCUGGGCAUUGUAGUUCUCCUCGCAGGAGUGUGGGUCGUUAGCAUUCAUUCUGGUGGUGGAGGGGUAGAUGUUGGGGCAUGGAGUGAAGAGGACCAUUUAGAGGAUCUUUUGAGAACGAGCGAAGAACCCGAAUCCUACGAAACGGAAGGCGGACGCGAAAAUUUCAGUCUGGACUUCCCCACGGCAGAAACCUCGUACAGCGGUAGAUUUGGCCCCAUAUCAGUGGAGGGAGAAACUCGUCUUUUAAAUACGGCGUCUUCUCCAGAAACCGCAGGAGUUGGUCUUGAUGUUGGAAGGGAACAAUUAUUGCAUUCCCCGUCAGCCACUACUGAUCCAAGCACCGAAACACACGUUUAUCCAACUCCUAAUUCCCCUCCUUACCAAGUUCUACCACAACGGCGGAGGCUAACGACAAAUGCUUCUUCUCAAACGAGACAUUCCCGCGUUACAUCCCAUUCUCAUUCGGUUAUGUAUUCGAACAGCCCUGUCUCUCCCCCACUUGGUCCAGUUUCGACUCUGGGGACUGGUUUUCAAAUUGGAUUGUCUCCCGUUAGUCCUGGAUUUACACUCAUGCCUCGCGAGCGGCGAAGGAGGAUCAGCGGCUUAGGGUUGGGCGCGCCUACGAGUUUUGCGGAUGUGGUAGUUGAGGCUAUGGCAGUUGAAGAAAGGGAGAGAAGGAGAACGGUCAGCGAAGGCGAUAUAAGGGAUAGGGUGGAGAUGCAUCAAAGUGAAGAUUCUCCUGUGGAAACAGUUGCAGAAGUGGGAGGCCGUUCAGAACAUCACGACAAUAUGGAUAUUAGGGGUCGCACUAGUCGGUGGAAGUGGUUAAAGAAGGUAAUCACUGGAAGGGGUUGA